ACAAGCCCCUAUAUAAACAUUGUUGCAGGACAGACCGCAGAGCUUGGCAGCUGGUGAGAAGGCAGUCAGACGCGCAAGUGUCCAGACAGUUGCUUUUGCAAACAAUAACUACAACAACAUCGACAAUAGACACUGACGAGCGACGUCUUAAAAUAACAUCUGACCCGAGGAGCAGCUCAUCCUGUUGCAGAGGUCAAACAUGCCUUCUCUCUCGGCACCCAGUGAUUUCAGCAGCUCACCCCCUUCUCCAGUGGACGGCAGCACCAGAAGGUUGUCCUGGGGCAAGCUGGUGCAAAAACUGGCCGAUUUCAACACAUCUCACGGCAGCAGAAUGGAGUCGGUGUCCACCAAUGGCAGCAGGAGUGAUCUCUCAGAUUCGGGGUCAGACUUCUCCUGUGAACUCAUGCCGUCUAAUGAAGACCUGUUCUACGGUCCAAUGGAGGAGACGAUCCUGAAAGAAGUAGUGGACCUUAUUGAAGGAAGCCUCAGAGACGCCAAAGACUCAGACUGCGCCUUGCGAUGCACUAAACUGCUCAUCCCAGAGAGGCUUCUGGAGCACAUCGGGCAGGAGCUCCUCCAUCUCGCAGCUAGCGAGCCCUGCGGAUUGAGGGGGGCUCUCAUUGACCUCUGUGUGGAGCAAGGUGCCGCCUGCGAGAGCAUGGGACAGAUAUCCGUGGACCCCUACCUGGUCCCCACCUUUCAGCUGACUCUGGUGCUGAGGCUGGAGUCAGAGGGGCUGUGGCCUAAAAUCCAGGGACUUUUUAGCACAAAGUCUCCUUCCACUCCAGUUGUGAGACAAGUUAUUAAACUUAGUACAGGAUUCUGUGUGAUCAAGAAGAAACUGUAUAGUUCUGAAGAACUGCUUAUUGAGGAAUGUUGAGAAGAGACUGCUUCAUUGUCUGUGUCCAGCAAAGCUCACAUAAGGGCCUGGUUACUUAAUCCAUAAGUAUAUAAUGCCUUUUGAAGUGUAAGGACUGGCUCAUGGUGUAGCCUGUUAUCCCUACUGUAAAGGGAGUGGCAUUCAUGGUACCUGGGGCCCAAGUUUCUUUAAAGUUGCUCUUCGCUGACAUUCAGAAUUUUUCCAUUGUAAUGUGUAAGCAUCACGCCGUACGUGGUGGACAGGCAUUUUGUGUGUAUUACCUCAGUUUCUAUUGAAACCAUCAAAUGGCAGCUACCUAUACAAUUGCAGUCCUUAAGGAUCAUUGCAUUCUUUCUGUUAAAGCAAAGGAUUGAACUGUUCACCAAGCGACCUGUAGUAACUGCUUGAAUUUUAGACAUUGACUUGUGCAGCUUAUGUUCAAGCUCCUCCUUUAACUUCAUCCUGUUCUGCUUUCAACUUUAUUUAUUUGAUAUUCAAAUACUCAUAACAUUGCACUUUUUUUUUACUUUCGUGGUUGCAAAUAAAUUAUUUUUUUUUACAA